AUGGCGGAGGGCGCGGCGCUGCGCGCCGUCAGGGGCUGCCUGGCCGCCUUCCCGCGGGAGGCCCGCGAGCUGGGGCUCACCGAGUCCCUGCCAUAUCUGGAUGGGCCUCCGUCCCCUCUGGAGUUUUAUCGGGAGUGGGUGAGUCCGAACAAGCCUUGUAUAAUUCAGAAUGCCAUCGGUCACUGGCCGGCCCUGAAGACGUGGACCUUGGCGUACCUCAGGGAGGUGGUAGGUCCCAAGGUGGUGAGUGUGGCAGUAACGCCCAACGGCUAUGCAGAUGCCGUGUUUCAGGACCGUUUUGUCAUGCCAGAAGAGCGUCAAAUGCCUUUCAUGGACUUUUUGGACAUUGUGGAGAAGAAAGUGACAUCUCCCAAUGUAUUCUACGUGCAGAAGCAGUGUUCAAACCUCACCGAGGAGUUCCCUGAACUCAUUUGUGACGUGCAGCCUGACAUACCGUGGAUGAGUGAGGCGCUUGGGAAGAAGCCUGAUGCUGUGAAUUUCUGGCUUGGGGAAGCAGCUGCUGUGACAUCUUUACAUAAAGAUCACUAUGAGAACUUGUACUGUGUUAUAUCUGGAGAGAAACAUUUUCUACUGCAUCCACCAAGUGACCGCCCCUUCAUCCCAUAUGAGCUCUACCAGCCAGCAACAUACCGUGUGUCAGAAGAGGGCUCGUUUGAAAUUGUUGAUGAGAAAACUGCAGAUAAGGUGCCUUGGAUCCCCCUUGACCCUUUGAACCCAGAUCUGGAAAGGUAUCCAGACUAUGCUCAGGCAAAGCCUUUGCAGUGUACAGUGAAGGCUGGUGAGAUGUUAUACCUCCCUUCCCUCUGGUUCCACCAUGUUCAGCAAUCACAUGGCUGUAUAGCAGCUAGUUGUGUUUUCACGCUGCCUCCUGGAUGAAGUGGACUUGGACUGUGAACUACAUCUCCCAGAAGCCUUUGCUUGGCUAAGGAAACAGUGGCAGUGUUU